UCCUCGAUAAUGUCAAUAGUAGGUGCGUACUUUGAAUUUGAUCAGUAUUUGGUCUCCAACUGAUGACGUUUCGCAAGAGCGCAUGUGCGGACAAGUACGCAUGUUGAGAACCUGCCCAGAUGAAGCCGAGGAUAAAGCAAAUGAAGUUUACAGCGAUCUGCAAAACUAUCUCUGUUGGACGUUGACGCCCAGCAGCUCUGAUUCCUGCACAGACCAACUGAUGACGUUUCGCAAGAGCGCAUGUGCGGACAAGUACGCAUGUUGAGAACCUGCCCAGAUGAAGCCGAGGAUAAAGCAAAUGAAGUUUACAGCGAUCUGCAAAACUAUCUCCGUUGGACGUUGACGCCCAGCAGCUCUGAUUCCUGCACAGACCAGAGACAAUACACAUAAAAAUGUUCCUGUAUCUCCUUGGGCUGGUGGCUGUUUGGUUCAUCUAUCGCUGGUACAAAGAACUAGAAAGAGUUUCCAACAAGGGAGACAAGUAUGUGUACAUCACAGGCUGUGAUUCUGGGUUUGGUCACCUCCUGGCGAGACACCUGGACACACUGGGCUUCCGUGUGAUCGCAGGCUGUUACACUGAGAAAGGUGAGGAAGAGCUGAAGCAGAUCACCUCUGAAAGGGUGACAACCAUCCAGCUGGAUGUCACGGAUUCUGCGAGUGUCAAGAAAGCAGCAGCUCGCAUCGAGACUCUCGUGGAACAGAAAGGUCUGUGGGCGGUUGUGAACAACGCUGGAGUCUCUGUUCCAGCCGGUCCCGUCGACUGGCUCGUCAUAGAGGAUUACAAACAUAUGUUGAACGUCAAUCUGCUUGGUGUGAUCGAUGUAACGCUGAGUGUCCUCCCUCUCAUCAAGAAGGCCAGAGGCAGAGUGGUCAACGUUGCCAGUGUAUUUGGGCGAAUCAGCCCGUUUGGUGGACCUUACUGUGUGUCCAAGUACGGUGUAGAGGCCUUCAAUGACAGUCUGCGGUUAAACGUGGCGCCAUUUGGAGUCAAGGUAGCCUGCCUUGAGCCUGGGUUCUUCAAAACAAAUGUGACUGAUCUUGGGUUGAUGAAGAAUAAUGCAAGGAAGCUCUGGGAAAGACUACCUCAGGAAAUGAAGGACGACUAUGGACAACAAUUCUUGGAGAGUAGUAUUGAACAACUGGAUCAAAGGUUCAAGCAGUUUACAGAUGCUGACCUGAUGAAGGUGGUGGGCUGCAUGGAGCACGCCAUCUCUGCUGUUCAUCCUCGUACUCGCUACUCUCCUGGAUGGGACGCAAAGUUCUUCUGGCUGCCACUGUCCUACAUGCCAACCUGCCUGACGGAUCUAAUGUUCCUAAAGUACAGCUCCAAACCAAAAAGAGCCGUGCUGUAGUUUCUGUCAUGUCACGUGGCAGAGACGGUUCCCUUCACUUCUCAAGUCAUAAGAUGUUAACCUUCAGCACUGUGCCAUUUUCACCUCUAUUAGCUUUUAACACUCUUUUUCUUGAUGGACUUUGCUUCUCUUCUAAGUGUCUUUUUCAAUUCUUAACUUGUAUUUGUCCAGAGUAUCAAAUGCUGGCAACAGUCUUGAAUCUGCAGGAACACAGCACAACUUUACCUGCUGCCUCUGCAUUCAGUUCUUCCGUACUCUUGACGGUGAAGAAUCUGCUGCAUCUAAAUAACUGUAACUAUGGUAUGUUUGCAUUAUUAUUAUACGCAUUAGUCUUUAGACUACUAUUCGUUGAUAGAUUGGUUCUGAUGGUCACAGUGAGCACCAUGACUUGAUAGGAGAUGACCAAUUGAAUAAUUCUAAAUGAUUUUUGUUAUUCUGAUGCCAUCUGGUGGUUGAAUUAAAGGAUCCAUUCUACAAAAUUUUAGCCAACAUGCAGAUGGUUUAUUUGCUCAGGAUGAAUGCGACUGUACUUGAAAUUUGAAAAUUUUAUUUUUCAGUGCUUGUAGUACCACAAACAAGAUUCACUUUAUCUAUUAUUAAACAACAGCAUGGAGGUGGAAGUAUUACCAGGAGGAGCAAUGUUGUUCCUCCUGUUUUCUUCACAUCCCAUACAUAGCUGGAGUAUCUGAAAAACUGAGGAUUUUCUCCAAACAUAACACCACAUUGCACUUCAGAUCCAGCAACACUAUAAGACAAGGACUGGUUCAAGGAUAAAACACCAACACACAAGCGGAGCAAUGUUGUAUAUGCAGGGAAGAGUGUGCAGACUUGUACAUAGGAGAACCUAAACAACAGCUUUACAAGCAGAUACUCAGCAGUUCACCUGCAUCUUAAGGCUAAAGGACAUUCUUCUGAGGACAGCAAUGCUCGGACAGAGAGGAGUAAAGAAAGCCAUCUAUGUCAAACUGGAACAGCCAUCUCUGAACAGAGGGGGUUUGUGACACAACUUAUCAAAUACCUACAUUGCAGUGACAGGGUUUCUCCGAAAGUCCCGCUAUCAUUAACAUCUUGACUCACUCCUGUCUUGGCAGAUUUACAUCCUUUGUUGAAUAAACUGGCAGCUCCAUCACCAUGACUGCUGUCCUUGUUGGUGGACCACGUGGUUUCACAACAUUUCACACCUUGAGGCAUGUGAAUCCUGGGUCAUUAAUGAGUCGUUAGCCAUGUGAGCUGGAGUGACUAAAAAUUCUGUACCUCCCCAUUAGUCAGAACUGAAGAAGCUUCUUACAUGGAAGUGAAAUGUCUUCAAGAACCUGAUGACUGAGAAUCUACCCAGACGUUAAUCCAAGUAUCUUCAUUGUGUUGUAUUUUCAUUGAAUGCUUAUUUGAAGACAGACAAAUAUUGACUUUUCUUUUUUUUUAAAUUUCUCUGCUUUGUUAUAUCAAAAUAUGAGGUGUCACAUUUUGCCAGUAGCAUCUAUAAAACAGUUUGAAGGACAUUUUGCUUUUGAAAUGGAGUCAUCAGCUCUGUUUAUUAUACAUUUUUCCUUCAGUGUAUUGUAGUAAAGAGGUUAAUGUUUGUAUACUUGUAUUGCAUUGAGGACUGAGGCAGUGGAAUGAAUGUAAAUUGUGCCAGAAUACGUUUUUUUUUUUUUUUGCUCAAUACAUGUAUAAAAGGUGCAUUUAAGUGUCCACCACUUUCACGUGGUGUCCAGCAGAUGGCGAUCUUCACUUUACUUUGAUAUUGAAGAGUAGGAAAAAAGGCAGCAGAUCAAAGCCCGGAAGUUGGUAUCAAAUUAACCCGAUGAUAUAGAGCAUAGAGGAGUGAUCAGUGAUCUGCACAGCUAUCUCUGUUGGAGGUUGACACUCUGCAGCUCUGAUUCCUGCACAGACCACUGGAAAUACAUAU